AUGCUUUUUUUUUUCUUCCCCUCUGUCUUAUUUUGCAGUGCUGGACCUAAAGGAGACAACAUAUACGAAUGGGUUUCCACCAUACUUGGUCCAACAGGUUCUAUAUAUGAGGGCGGAGUUUUCUUCCUUGAUAUUCAUUUCUCAACAGAAUACCCCUUCAAACCACCAAAGGUGACAUUUCGCACCCGUAUCUAUCACUGCAACAUCAACAGCCAGGGCACAAUCUGUUUAGACAUCCUGAAAGAUAACUGGUCUCCUGCCUUGACCAUUGGCAAAGUUCUUCUAUCCAUCUCUUCCCUCCUCUCAGAUUGCAACCCUGAGGAUCCCCUUGUCGGAAGUAUAGCUACACAGUAUCUGUCGAACCGUACUGAACAUGACAGGUUAGCCAAGCAAUGGGUACAGAGGUUUGCAACAUGACGUAGGAGAGGUCUGCUACAUUGCGGGCUACUCUCUCACACAUUGUACAGUUAAAGGAAAAAAGUUUCAAUUUUUUUAAUUGCGGGCUGUGGUCUGCCAGUGAUGGAAUCCCCAUUGUUUUUUAUGUAUUUUCCAUGCUUUUCACCCUUCCCUUCCCCCACUCUUGUGUCCAAAUUUUACCAAAAUUGUCGGCCCUGUCUCACACAGUUUUACAAUUGAACCAUUUAUCUCAUCUAUGGAAAAUGAUUGAUCCUUUUUAACAUGGCAAUUUUUUUUCAUACAAUUGGCUAUUAGCAUUAGCCCUCUUUCUAUUUACAUGUGAUUACUUUCAAUCCCAAGUAAAGAAAGCCAGCAUUACCAGUAUUUGUCACCUCUAAGGUAUAUACUGUGACCCUUUGUGAACAAAAAAGGGGCACAGUGAGAUGUACAUGCUAUAUGUCCAUAUAAAGUUUACACCAUCUCCAAGGGUGCGGUGCUGAGCCAUGUAGCCUUAUCGCUGGCGUUCCAUGGUUGAAAUUGAUUUUCAUGAAUCAUUUUUUAAAGAUUGGGUUAAAGAUCCUGUAACCAAAAAAAAGAAAGAUACAAAUACAUCUUCUUUAUUACAGUACCAAGGUGUAUAUUGUGCAAUGCCAUCGCAAAGGAUCAAGAUCUUGAUAUCGAUAUUUGAUUGGUCUGAAUGUAAAGAAAUGCUUCUUGUGAACUGUAUGCACAUGCCAAUAAGUAAAGCUUAAAUCCAUGCCCUAAAAAAAAAGAGAAAGAUACAAAGGUGAAACAAGAUAUUCAGAUAAGAAAUGUUGUAGGAAAUUGUUUGAUCAAUCCAUCUAAGCUUCCAUAUAAACACAGAUCUCUCUCUCUCUCUCCUUUUUUUCAUUGAUAAGUCAGAUAGUGUCUUAUUAUUCUCUCUUCUGUUCAACAUAACUUGUAUUGCAUAUGGAUUAGUCAUGCUAUAAAAAUAUUCCGCUUUGUUAUGAGUGUUUCAUCAGUGAGCUGAUAUCAUGAACAUCAUAGUACAAUGCCUAUUUUAAUAAUUAUAAAAAUACCAUGGGAUCAGCAUUAUGGAUUGGUUCGAAGGGUUGCUAAACUGCGCAAGGCAUAUCAAGUCCAUUUAUCUACCUCCUUUUUGAUGUGAAGUUAUUCCACUCAACAUAUCCCAUUUAUAUUUUACUGUUCAUAGAUAAUUUGAAUCCCUCCUUGUUUGAUGUUUAAAAAAAAUAAUCUUCUACAAUUGCUUAAAGUGAACUUUCGAUUUUUUUUUCUAAAAAGGAAGAGAGAUUGUUGAUAAUUGGCAUGAUUUUUACCCCGCACAUUGCUGAAGGCCAUACGGUGUACCACGGUUAGUUGUGAUUUGACAUUUAGUUGUACAGGAGGAUUCUAAUUCUAUAAAACAAUCAACUGGACAUAACAACCGUGUCUUGUUGCAAUAUAGAAUCUGUUUUGGACCAUUCAGUAUUGAAUAACGAUAAAGCAAAGUGUCAUUAAGGUUUCGAAAGCCAUGAUACUUUCUUUGAAAGAUUUUUCUCCUUUUUCCUGUUAUUAUUUUUUGUUUGCCUUAAAUGUACUUCCCAGUCUCCUUAGCUUUGACCACUUCCUGGCUAAUGUGAUAAUUCAAGCCAACAAUACCACUGGUAGACCACAUAAUGAUGUACAGCGUAUACUCUGUCAGUAAUUAUCAUAUCUCAAGAUUUUUUUCACAUUUUUUAAAUAUUUCAAAGUGUUCUUGCAUGUUUAUUAUCAUAUUGAACGAAAGAUUAAUUGUUGAUAUACCGGGCCUUUUAAAAGACAUUGUUGAAAAUCAGUCGAGAAUCUCCUUGUCUGUCUAUUAAAGUUUUCAUAUUAACUCAUCAGAAUGUUCUACAAUGUAUGAUUAAGCACUAAUAUCUACACAGGAACUAUUUCAUAAAACUGUUCAUAGAGUUUUACAUGACUUUAUGAAAGACUGGAAUGUGAUGAACCAAAAUGCGAGCUUGAAAAAAAAAUGUUUUGAUUUUUUUUCAAGAUGCAUUUAACUACAACUGUAUAUGCUGGUGUUCAGGCAGUAAAACACAUUUUGAUUGCAGUUAAUGCAGUUGAUACACACAUUUAGCUUGUCAUAAGUCAGUCAUUUGUAAAGUAAUUCAUCCUUGGCAGCUUUAUGAAAUACCAUGAGGUUCUAAUUGAUUUGGUAUGAUACAAUAUCUUACUUUUAUAUUAUAUCCUCUUGUGCUGAUGUCCUACAUGUAUUUUUAAGUGAUUAUGUAAUUACAGAAUGUGCAGCUCAAAAGAAGGUGAAACAGUCAAAAGUGAAAAUCUUGCCAAAUGAAUGUUUUAUUCCUUCAAGCCAAUCAAUGCAUAUAUUUUGAAAACACUUAGAGAUCAUACACUUCUCCACAGUAUGAGGAAUUAAUAAUAUUUGCUUGGAGAUAAAUGGAGGAAUAUCUUUUGAGGUCUUUUAAAAUCUCUGUUACAUUUAGUGCUUGUAUGACUCAGCCAUACUCCCAAAAUGACUUCAAAGUUCACACCAACUCAAAAUCCACUGCUCCAUGGCCAAAGAAGGCUAAUACUAAAAUGUCUUUUAAUGUUAUGAAUCUAGGUCUCUGAUUGGUCAAAGUUAUGAAAUCCACCAUCGACUGCUUGGCAGUAUAGUUACCCUGUACAUAUAGAAUGAGGAAUUACCAUGCUUGUCAACUUUCAGUCAUGGACCUGUUCUCAUUACUUCCCUAAAACUAGUUUACUGGAAACUAGUUUAACGUUGAAUGAGAACGGUCGAAGCGGUCUUGGAAGCUAUCUUCCAAACUAAUUCGGAAAACCACCUCGCGAUGUAUUUUUCAAGAUCGCUUUGCCUCGUUAAACCGCUUUUAGCAUAAGUGAGGACACAACCAUUCUUCGGAAGUGAUCUUCGCACAUUUUGAGUGUGCUACUCCACACACUGUGUGUAGAAUGUCUACGCUGUGGUUUUUUAUUUCGUGCGAAACAUAUCACCCCCCACAGAGAGCGUUCCCAUACCAACAAGGCCACUUUCGGCUGAUCAAAUGGGAACGCUAGCAAAAUGAUCUUCCAAACUGGUUUCCUGAACCGAUUUCCAGUAAACUAGUUUUAGAAAGUAUAAUGAGAACGAUGUCAUAUUUUGCGUGCAUUUCCCAAAACUUCCCCACAUAUGCAUUUAGGACAGGACUUUAAAUUGUCUUGUACUGAAGGCUUAAUCAAUUAAAUCAUGUAUAUCCGUCAAUCCAUGUACAUAUACCCUUUCAUCAAUUGCUAAAGGUGAUAUUAAAGAACAAUAUGUACUUUGGAGGAGGUCGGGGUUUUUCUUGUCCUCAAUGUUUUGUUUGAGCGUAAACUGUUAUUCUUUAUUGUUUAGCAGUUGGGUCAGUAUGUUAGUAUGACCUUGCUCUUUGUAGAUUCAUUUAGGUGCUAUAGAUGGGAAUUUUGAUUGUCUAGACCUUGUAAUUUUAGUGGAAAUUUUGAUGCAUUGAAAAUUCAUGAAAAUCUUUCAGAUGUGGGAAUUCUUGUAAUUGCAACUCAGCAGCGAGUGCAAACUUUGUGUAACUUUGCCAUCAAAGGAAGUUUUGUCUUAUGGUUGUUUCCAUUAUUUACUUUACUACUUAUUUACUUACUUAUGUAUGAUGAUAUUGUAUGGAUGAUAAGUUAUCCUGAGUGACAAACCCAAGUCUUUUAUACCUGUGAAUUAGCUGAAUCGUUUAACAAGGGUUACAAUAUCUCACCAAAAAAAGGGUUAUUAUUAACUACAUCAAAUCACAAUGGACAAAUUAGAGGUCAUUAUCAAAAGUUUGUGGACCGGCACGGACUGGAUGAAAAAGUGCAAUGUGUCUUUUGCCCAGAGUCCAGGAUGAAACUGUUUUGAUUCACCGAUUUUUGACAAAGACUGCUUUGAUAUAAAGGGCUUUUGACAAUAGAUUAUCAGCAUUAUAGAAAGCGUCUAGGAAGUGAUUGCUAAAAUGCCUUAGUCUCAAGUUCUGAUCAAGAUUAUUUAGGGUCCUGAUGCAUAAAAGUUACUAUAAUGGUAACUUUAUGUCAUCAAAUGAAUGGUACAUGUAACUACCAUGGUAACAAAGCUCAACAGCCAAUCAAAAUAAAGGAUUCCAUAUCAGUUUAUCUACCAUUAGAAUGGCAAAGUGACCACUAUAGUUAAACUCUUAUGUGCAGUGGGGUCCAGAUCAGAAAUUAUUAUGAGAUACAUGUAUUACUUUGAAAACUUGGCUGAUGUAAAUGGGCCUUAUGUGCCUCUUAAAAUGCAGGCCAAUGAGUGUUAAAAUCACAACUGGACUGCAAUAGCCAAUGCUAGUUGUUGACCCAUUGCAGGGAAUGAAUAAUUUUCCUGGUAUCGCAUCGCAAUUUGCUCCACAUUUUGUAAAGACUGCUAUGCAAAAAUUCUUUUGUAUAGCAUAUAUUUACAUAGGACUGUACAUUAGUUAAAGAGCUUUUCUCUUAUGACCAAAAAUGCUAUUCAAAUUUGUCAAGCAAAAUUAUUCCCUGGCCUCCUUGAGUUGGGAGAUGAAUCUACAAAUCCUUUGGAAAUUACAGAAUUCAGUAGUCAAAGGGUUUAACAGAUUCAAUGUAGGAAACGACUGUAUUGUGUCCCUCCUUUUAGUGAAAUCAGACAAUUAGCAUCAGCAUUUUCUGCUUUUGAUCAUUAUUCUUUGUUUUUCACAAAACAGCACAUAGUUGUAUGGAUUGACUGUAACGCUAAACAUGUGAAAAUUUUAAGUUAGUUGACUGUUAUUCCUCACCCGAAACAGCAUUUUAUAUAGGCCUACUAAUUCAAAAGCAGGCUUUGUUAGUGGUUAUAAAUUAUUUCAGCCUACAAAACUCAGUAUGCGUAAUUGUUCUUGUGGAUCUAGCUGUGUAGGCACUCAGCACUUCAAUGCUAGCUCAUGAUGAAUAUUUUUGGUCAGAUUCUAUAAUGCUUGUGUGCUGGGGAAUCCAUUCAAAUGAUAAAGACACCUUUGUAAUGAUGGAAAAUAUGCAAAUAUUUAUGUGUAUAUACUGAAUGUAGUUUAUUAAUCAAGUUUGAUAAUUACUGACAGAUUAAAAGGCAUUUUAAAAGAAAUCAUAUGGUAAAGAAAGCUAGUGUUUUGAAAUGUAGAUGAUAGCAAUUUAUGCCUUUGGAUGUAGAGCGGAGUGUAGACAUUUUUAUGUGUUUUCAGUAGUGUAAACAGGUGACAGCUCAAAAGUAUAUGUACAUGUAAUGCACAGCCAUGUGAAAACAAUAUGUACUUCCCACUGUACUGAAACUAUGUUGUGUAUUACUAUGUAUGCUCACAUAUUUUGGAUAAUUGAGUAAAAUACAAUUGCUAGUGAUGUAAGUAAAAAAAUAAUUGCUAGUGAUGUAAUCCAUCUUUCAGUUGUAUCUGUCAAAUGAUUUGAUAUUUAUUGCUCAAUAUCAUUUCCAAUGAAUUUGAAUAUUGUUUACUGUCACAACUUAUUCCACGAUCAAACUGUAUGUUAAGUUGUUUUAAUGGUAAAUGUAAGUCGAAAGGUAAAGCAGUAUGUGGAAAGACUGGAUGUGAUUUUAAGUGUGAUGAUAUGAAAUGAAGAGGUUGUUUGGUGAGCAGUACGCAACACAACAUAGAUUGUUGUAUGUUUGUAUAGUUUUACUGGGGGGGGGGGGUGAAAGAGAUAGGGGGAGAGAGAGUGUGUGUGUCUGUGUGUAGGGAAGAGUGGAUGGGGUGUGUGCGAGUGUGUGUGUUUGUGUAUGGUUUUGAGGGUACAGAUGUGUUAUUGCAUGUUUGUGGAUGGGUGUGUGGGUAUGUGUGUCUUCUUUGAAAAUCUAUCACAAAGAAUUUUAUACAGCAGGGAAGACAUGAAUCAGACAAAUUUUAAUUUGAGUAGUCUUGAAAAGAAACUGUUGUCACCUUAAACAAGAUGAGGAGAAAUUGUAAGUGCUACAGGUAUUUUGAAUAUUGGAGAAGAAAAUGUUAGCACUUGAAUAUUUUUUUUGUUUGGUUCAAUGUUUCUACAGAAUCAUGUUCUCAUUUCACUUUGUGAAAUUGUAAUAUGUCAUUUUAUGUCACUCGUUAACCAUGUAGAAUAAAUGCACAUGGAACAUAAAGAUA